AAUUUUGAUAGUGUUUUGUCAAAGAACUGCAAAUUCUUGUUCUUUUUCUUCUUGGUUAAAUUAUCAAAAUUUCAUUCAUUCAUAUUUAUCAUCAUUCUUGAAUUCAAGAUUCAUUGUCUUGCUCAAUUUCUUUAUUUGUAGUAAUAUUUUUUUUGGGUUUCUAUCAAGAAUAUUCUUGAAUGGUCUAAGUUUUUUGAUCAUUUUCUCAAAAAAGUUUAAUAAAGCUAAGCCAUAAGUUUCUUAUCUUGUCCAAAUUUCUACAUUUUCUCAAUUUCUUGUUCAUCAUGGAUGCCCUUCUCCAAGAAUUUCCAAAUUCCAUGAAUAAUUUCAAAUUUGACCACACUCCAAUUUCUUACACUUCAAAUAGACAUUUUCUUAAUGAAUAUGAACCCAAUCAUAAUCAUUUUCCUCAACCUGAUCCAAAUUAUUUGAGCUCAUAUUCAGAAGAGCAUGGUCCAAAUGAUAAUGCAGUUCUAAAGUACAUAAAUGACAUGCUCAUGGAAGAAGAUUUAGAGGGUAAAACUUGUAUGUUAGAGGAUUCUUUAUCUCUUCAAGCUGCUGAAAAAUCUUUUUAUGAUGUUCUUGGUCAAGAAUACCCUCAUCAAAUCAGUAACUCAGUUGAAAAUUCAAAUUGGACUCAAAAUCUUGAUCUUUCCCCGGGAAAGAAAAAUCAUCACGAACGUGAUUAUUUAGAAGAAGAAGAGAGGAGUAUUAAACAGUCUGCUUUUGGUCUUGCCGAGUCAGAACAGGACUCGGAAAUGUUUGAUAAGGUUCUGCUUUGUACUAGUAAAAAUAGUGGGUCCGAGUCGUGUGCUCUGCAAACUCAGUCUCCUACCAAAUCAUCUAAUGGUAGUAGAGGAAUGAGAGGGAGAAGAAAGGGGAAUAAGAAAGGAUCGGAAUCGGAUGCGGUGGAUAUCGAUUUGCCGACUUUGCUAACUCAGUGUGCGCAAUCCGUGUCGAUCAACGAUCAACGGACUACUUACGAGCUACUUAAACAGAUUCGGCAACAUUCUUCGGCUUAUGGAGAUGGAAACCAAAGAGUAGCGCAUUACUUCACGGAUGCGCUUGAGACUCGUUUGGCUGGCGGAAGUAUCCCGUCGUAUUCGCCCGUUUUAAGCAGUAAAACUCCGGUUUCUGAUAUCCUGAAAGCUUAUCAGGUUUAUGUCAAGGCGUGUCCGUUUAAGAGAAUGUCGCAUUUCUUUGCGAAUUGGACGAUUUUCAAACUUGCAGAGAAAGCAACUAAGCUUCACAUUAUUGAUUUUGGAGUUCUUUAUGGUUUUCAAUGGCCUUGCCUUAUUCAGCGUUUAUCAGAACGGCCUGGCGGACCUCCAAAGCUACGGAUUACAGGAAUUGAGCUUCCGCAGCCCGGUUUUCGCCCUGCAGAACGAGUCGAAGAGACAGGCCGACGAUUACAAAGAUACUGUGACAGAUUCAAUGUUCCUUUCGAGUAUCAUGCCGUGGCACAAAAAUGGGAGACAAUCAAGUAUCAAAAUCUUAAAAUCGACAGGGACGAAAUGACCGUAGUCAACUGUUUGUAUCGGUUCAGGAAUCUUCCUGACGACACAGUCGUAGCAGACAGUGCAAGAGAUUCUGUUCUGAAACUGAUAAGGAAAAUCAAACCAAAGAUAUUUAUCCAUGGAGUCAUCAACGGAACAUAUAACGCUCCAUUUUUCGUCAGUCGGUUUCGAGAGGCGCUCUUCUAUUACUCGUCAUUGUUCGAUAUGUUUCAAGUGAAUGCGGAACGGGAAAAUGAGCAGAGAAUGUUGUACGAGAAAGCUAUUUUUGGUAGGGAUAUUAUGAAUGUGAUCGCCUGCGAGGGAGCGGAGAGAGUUGAACGACCGGAAACAUAUAAACAAUGGCAGGUUAGGAAUAUGAGAGGUGGAUUCAGACAAAUGGAAUUAGAUCAAGAGAUUCUGAAGAGAGUUAGAUCUACGGUGAGAUCGGAGUAUCAUAAAGAUUUCGUUGUCGAUGAGAAUGGACGGUGGAUGUUGCAGGGAUGGAAGGGCAGAGUGAUCUCAGCCGUUUCAGUUUGGAAACCAGUGUAGUUAUUUCUGUUUUCUAGUUAUGCUUGUAGUUAGAAUUUUUUUUUCUUAUUUUGAAGUCCUUAUAGUUUUUUCUUUUUUUUUGAAUUCAAGUCCUUAUAGUUAGAAUUAGUAAUCAGUGGAUUAUUAUAAUUAGGUAUUCAUUUUUGUUCUCAGAAUUAGUCAUGCUUUUGUACCUUGUAGUAUCAAUUUUUCAAUUUAUUUUUUUGGGAUUAUCAUUA